CAACUAGAACUUGUGAGAAGGGGACAUACCCAUUACCCACCACGUUAAGCAAUUGAUCUGCUGUUAUUGUUUUUAUCUUCUUCUUCCAGAUCUCCAAAUUUCUCCAUUUCCAUUUCUAUUCCCAAAGAAUUAUGAGUUACUCUUACGGCUACAACCAUCCUCCGCCGGAAACCUACCCGCCUCCCGGGUACCCUCCACCGCAGCCUGGAUAUCCCGGCCAUCAGCCACCCCCACCGCCGCCGCAUCAAGGCUAUCAAGGCUAUUUCUAUGAUGGGUAUCAGCCAUCGGCGCCCCCGCCUCCUCCUCCUCCACCGCCUUAUCAUCAUCAGCACUAUCACUACGAUGAUCGAAAUGAUUGUUCCUCCUUCCUUCAUGGAUGCUUAGCUACACUUUGUUGUUGUUGUAUGUUGGAGGAGUGCUUGGCCUGCUUCCGAUAGACGAUUGCAAAAUAGUGUUUCUCCUUCAGUCGGUUCAGUGGUGCUGUGUUCAUGUCUUCUAUUAUGCUGUGUUCAUGUCUUCUAUUGUGAACCGACUACUAUUUUCACAUCACUUUGUUAUAUUUGUAGUUUCUGGUUUGUGUGAUUGCAAACUAUCUCUGUAUUGUUUGGUAUCUAAAUGUUCUUAUUUACUUUUAUACAUACCUAAACAAAUAGUAGAUAAUACUAUUAGACUUGGAA